AUGACAACUGACACUACAGAAGAAAACGAGAAUACCGUGGCAUUAUAUGUUAAAUAUAAAAGUGAAUUUGAAAAUGUUAUCCUUGAUACUCAGAAUAAAGAGGGUACAGAAAAUCCUGGAAGGAGAUGUGCUAAAAUCGACCAAAAUUAUACUAAUUUUACUACACCAUGCCAAGAGGUUGGUAGAUAUUUAAUUGAAAUAAAACAAAGUUAUAAUUCUUAUAGCCCGCAACGUUGUAAAUACUUGAAUUACCGGAUAAAUUCAGAUGAAAAAUAUAAUAAGAAACCUGAAUGGUUUCAGGGAUAUAAUAAAUUUUCAUCCCAGUUAGGUAAUAUCUGUGUCCAAAAAUUCGAAAAAAUUGAAUCUAAUAUUUUAGAUAAACUUAAUGAAUUAUACAAUUAUUAUGAGAAUUUUAAUAAAUAUAAAGGUCAAGAAAAUGAUUCUGAUGGUACAAUUUGCAGUAAUAUUCAAAAAUGUUAUAACUUUUAUAACGAUAAUUACAAAGAAUGUCAAAAAAAAAAGAAUGACGCUUUUUGUGAGGAGUUAAUCAAUUUCAAGAAUGCAUAUGAUGAUAAAAUGAAUAAAUUCAAUCCAUGCAAAGGUUUACCACAAACAUUACCACCUAAAGAAAUAGAUUACUUAUUUGUUCCUAUUUUAACAACAGCUAUCAUAUUACUAAUGUCUUUCACUAUAUUUUUUUUAUAUAAGUUUACUCCACUGAAAUCUUCGAUAUAUAAUCAUUUAAGAAAAAAAAAAAUUAUUGAACUUAACAAAUUUCAAGAAGAAUCGAGAGAAUCCUUACAAAACCUUCAAGAAGAAGUAAAUAUAAAUUAUAAAGGAAGUUCUCAUAAUAUAUCCUAUCAACCUCAAGGAGACACUUGA